ACAGCGCAUGCGCAGAGCCAGCAGAGCGGGGCCUGACUUGGACUGCACACUGUCUUCCUCUUCUUCCUCCUCUGGGCGCUUCCAGGACGCCGAGGCCUGUUCCGGAAUAGCUGGCACCCGCUUUCUCUGCCUCUCUCUCACGUUUGUGACCUUCCGGCGCCAUUAACUCGGCAGGUGGAGGACCCUCCCCGCCCACGCUGCACUCCUGUCACUCGGAGCGCGCGCCGCGCCCCAGGAACCAAUCAGCAGCCGCCGGUGGUGACCAUGUCAGAGUCUGGGCACAGUCAGCCUGGGCUCUAUGGGGUAGAGCGGCGUCGGCGGUGGAAGGAGCCAGGCUCCAGUGGCCCCCAGAACCUCUCUGGGCCUGGAGGUCGGGAGAGAGACUACAUUGCACCCUGGGAGAGAGAGAGACGGGAUGGCAGCGAAGACCCCAGCACUAACGUCAUGCAAAAAACCCCCAUCAUCCUCUCAAAGCCUCCAGCAGAGCGGUCAAAGCAGCCGCCACCAACCACAGCCCCAGCAGCACCACCAGCCCCAGCCCCACUGGAGAAACCCAUUGUGCUCAUGAAGCCACGUGAGGAGGGGAAAGGGCCUGUGGCUGGAACAGGAGCUGCCACCCCUGAGGGCACUGCCCCACCCCCCACAGCCCCUGUGCCACCCAAAGGAGAGAAGGAGGGGCAGAGACCCACGCAGCCUGUGUACCAGAUUCAGAACCGGGGCAUGGGCACUGCAGCACCAACUGCCAUGGACCCUGUGGUGGGCCAGGCCAAGCUCCUGCCCCCGGAGCGCAUGAAGCACAGCAUCAAGCUAGUGGAUGACCAGAUGAACUGGUGUGACAGCGCCAUUGAGUACCUGCUGGAUCAGACUGACGUGUUAGUGGUCGGUGUCCUGGGCCUCCAGGGGACAGGCAAGUCCAUGGUCAUGUCACUGUUGUCGGCAAACACUCCAGAAGAAGACCAGAGGGCGUAUGUCUUCCGGGCUCAGAGUGCCGAGAUGAAGGAACGAGGGGGCAACCAGACCAGUGGCAUCGACUUCUUCAUUACCCAGGAGCGGAUUGUCUUUCUAGACACACAGCCCAUCCUAAGCCCAUCCAUCUUGGACCACCUCAUCAAUAAUGACCGCAAACUGCCCCCAGAGUACAACCUCCCUCACACCUAUGUGGAAAUGCAGUCACUGCAGAUAGCUGCCUUCCUCUUCACGGUCUGCCACGUGGUGAUCGUUGUACAGGACUGGUUCACGGACCUCAGUCUGUACAGGUUCCUGCAAACAGCGGAGAUGGUGAAGCCGUCCACCCCGUCCCCCAGCCAUGAGUCCAGCAGUUCCGCAGGCUCGGAUGAGGGCACUGAGUACUACCCGCACCUCGUCUUCCUGCAGAACAAGGCACGCAGGGAGGACUUCUGUCCCCGGAAGUUACGGCAGAUGCACCUAAUGAUUGACCAGCUCAUGGCACACUCCCACCUGCGCUACAAGGGGACAUUGUCCAUGCUGCAGUGCAACAUCUUCCCAGGGCUGCCACCCGACUUCCUGGACUCAGAGGUCAACUUGUUCCUCGUGCCCUUCAUGGACAGUGAAGCCGAGAGCGAGAACCCACCUCGAGCAGGGCCUGGUUCUAGUUCUCUUUUCUCGCUGCUGCCUGGGUACCGAGGUCACCCCAGCUUCCAGUCCUUGGUUAGCAAGCUCCGCAGUCAGGUGAUGUCCAUGGCGCGGCCUCAGCUGUCGCACACCAUCCUCACCGAGAAGAACUGGUUCCACUAUGCUGCCCGGAUCUGGGACGGGGUGAAGAAGUCCUCAGCCCUGGCAGAGUACAGCCGCCUGCUGGCCUGAGACCGAGGGGGUAGCACACAGGGAACCCCUGUCCUGUGGACAGUAAGGGCACAAAGCCUUCCCCCAGCAGGGGAGGAGAGCGACAGAGGCCUGGCAGAGGGAUCAUGGCUCCCUCCCAGAGACGUGAGGUGUCUGAGGCCAGCCCCUCCCUCAAAUGGGGUGCUGCUCGGGGUGACCAAGAGAUCCCACCCCCAGCCUGGGAUGAGCAGCCCUUCCCAAAUCCCCAUAGAGACAGGCAGCAGGAGUCAGAGCGGUCCCCAGGAAGCCUUCCCUAGAAUUGGGGCUGGGGUUGGAGAGCUCUUUGUGGGGGGAGUUGGGGAGGGAAAUCUGAUGGUUCAAAUAAACCUGGUCACAGGAGCCUGCUCUGGGUUUGUUCUUUCUCCGACCCAUCACCCGCUCCAGGAACAGGGCAGCUGAUCUUGUCACUAGAGCAACACAAUGUCUGUUUAGACUGAAAAGGUAGAAUUGUCAUGUGUGGUUUGGCCUAUAAUCCCAUCAGGAGAUUGAAACAGGAGGACCAAGAGUUCAAGGCCAGCCACAGCUGUGUAAAGAGAGCAGCCUGGGCCGGAGAC